GCCGGAUCAUAUCAAUUUACCGAGAGAUUGGACUAAGUGGAAUUGGGAGAGAACAAGAAAAAAACUAGCUUUAAGCAGAGCUCGGGUUGCAGUGAUUUAUGGAUAAUAAAACAAUGGCCAACUUGACUGUUCAUCCUUCACCAGAAUCUGCCGUGUGGUUCCUCGGGAUAGUAGUACUUUUAUUGGUUUCAUGUCUAAUUUGCAAUACCACAAUCUUGGUCGUAUUUGUAGCGGAGAAGUCUUUUCGAAAUCGGGCGAAUAUGUUAGUCGGAAGUCUCGCAUGUUCGGAUCUCGUGGUUGGCAUGGUUUCAAUUCCUUUGUGGAUAGCAAACUCGACGACUGAAGUAGAUCUCCACUACUACCAUUAUAGCGUCGAUAUCCUGUGCUGCUCCGCGUCUAUCUUCAACUGUGCCCUACUGAGCAUGGAAAGGGCAUUGAAGAUCACUCUUCCUUACUGGUACGCGAACAAUGUUAAUUCGGUCAGGAUAAAAAUCGCUAUUCUCGUCUCGUGGAUUGGAGCAGUCUUUGUUGGGGGCCUGUCUUUAGCAAGAGGGACAGACCGAAAUAAUAUUCCCUACAUAAUAUUUCUAUCCGUCAUAAUCUACAUUUUGCCUGUCAUAGUAAUGUUUGCAUCCAAUAUUAGCAUAUUCAUCGUAGCAUACAAGCAUGCGAAAAGCAUACGGAAGCAGAAGUGUCGGCUUACAUGCAAGGCGACUCGCAUGAAAGUGUCCGAGUCUAAAACAUCUUUGCGUCUCAGCGUCAUUAGUAUCGCGUAUGUAAUAUGUUGGACUCCGGUAUUUGUCAAGGUAUGGGGAAAAAUACUUUUACCAGACGGAACACCAUCGUAUUUUAAUGUUACGGCAGUGACGUUAACGCACGUCAAUGCUGUUGUAAAUCCAUUUCUGUACGCUCUUCUUAAUCCACUGUUCAGAAAAGCAAUAGGUAAGUUGUAUCGGAAAAGCAAAGGUUUCGAUCGUAAACGUGAAUCUAAACGACGAAACGACGUCUCUGCUGUUCAUACAAACCACAAAAACGGUAAUGUCACCCGCAAAGCCACGCACUGUUCUCCGAAGACAAAUCGGCAAAAAUCGCCAUGCAUCCAUUCCGACUUGUGGAAAGAUCGAAACGACGUCUCUGCUGUUCAUACAAACCACAAAAACGGCAAUGUCGCCUGUGAAGCCACGCACUGUUCUCCGAAGAGAAAUCGGCCCACAUCGCCAUGCAUCCAUUCCGACUUAUGGAAAGAUCGUUUGGACGCUAAAAAUAUGAUCAUCAAUAGCGACAAUAAAAACAGUUAUGGUUUGUGUGAAACAAACUUGUACGCAGCAGACUAUCGUACAACCACAGUGUAAUUAAAAACAUAAAUACAGUAUAGAGGGCCUUAAAAUCUGUCUCUUAUUUAUUUGCAAUCGUAUCUUCAUAUGUGGUGAUUCACCGUUUGUUUAUAUAAUGGUUAGAAUGUAAACUAAUUUGUCAAUUGCUGGAAAUAUAGAGAUAUUUCUGCCUGCUUAUUACACAUUACGCAUGCAGGCUAGAGUACAUUCGUGUUGUAUCUGUUAGGUCUCGAUGCUAGGGUUUAGAACCGGAAAUAUUGAAUGUUGAUGAAGAGACGAAAAGGCAUGAGAUAUGAUAUAUGAUAUAGGAGCUUAAAACAAAU